UGAGGCUCUAGCUGCUGCCGAAAAAGUGCAUGCUGCUUCUGUGGGGGAGAGAUGUCGAACGGGAAAGGGCUGUGCUAUUUAAUGGUGCAGGUUCGACGCGCGGCAGUGGAGCAGGGACGAUGCUCGCACACAGCCCGACCGGGAGCGCCUGGUGGGAAGGGACCGGGGCAUCCUGCAAGCUGCACCCCGCUGCUGCUCCGAGAUGCUGCUGGGAUGCUUCGAGCCAGCCGGCUGCCUGUAAUGGCCAGGUUUGAAGGGGAGUUUUUAGGUGCCUUGAAGAACUUGAGCCAGCGCCACACGUUUAUCUUGACACGUGUCAGACACUCCUGGACUGAUAACCACGGUGGACUGAUAACCAUGGGGCAGUGAUGGCACAGGCGCAGCAGGAUUUUAACAGUGGGAGGAUGCUGAUGGACAAAAAUGAGUCCUGGCUCUCUAAUUUCUCCUCUGCUGCAUCGUCCUUUGUGAAAGGAGGUGGCAGCCGGGCAGGGGUCGGCCUCCAGGAGGUGGUCAUCGGGUUAAUACUCACCCUCAUCGACUUGGUCACGCUCCUGGGAAAUACAGUAGUCUUUAUCUGCCCGGUGGUGGAAAAGAGGCUGCGAACCGUCACCUACAUGUUCAUCAUGUCCUUGGCCAUGGCAGACUUCCUCGUAGCGUGCCUGGUCAUGCCGUUCAGCAUCAUUUACGAGGUGACGGGGAUGUGGCUGUUCGGGAAGCUGUUCUGCAAAGUCUGGAUCUCCUUCGACGUCAUGUUCUGCACCGCUUCCAUCGUCACGCUGUGCUUCAUCAGCCUGGACAGGUACUGCUCUGUGGUGACCCCCUACCACUACUCAAGAAGGAUGUCCCGCGGCAGAUGCAUUGUGAUGACCUGCACGGUCUGGGUGUACUCCUCCCUCAUCUCCUUCCUUCCUGUCAUGCAAGGCUGGAACGAGAUCCCCGGGGUGGAUUUUGAUGCAGGUACCGAGUGCAUCUUUGUCACCAACUGGAUUUUCGCCAUUGUGGCCUCCGCUCUUGCGUUUUUUGUCCCCUUCAUGGUCAUGUGCAGCAUGUACUUCUUCAUCUACCGAGCGUCACGGCUCAAGGCCACCCGGAUCAUGUCUCAGACCCUGGAGCUCCACUACCACCCCAACAGCAAGCGGCAGAACCACCUGCAGCUGGAGAACAAGGCCACGCGGACCAUUAGCAUCAUCAUUUCUGUCUUUGUGCUCUGCUGGCUGCCGUACUUUGUCCUGAACGUCUGGCUGGCUGCCCGGGGCACCGACUCCGCUAGCACGGUCCUGGUGGACACCUUCAAGGUCAUCACUUGGUUAGGGUAUUGCAACUCCACCAUCAACCCGAUGCUCUACGCCUUCCUCAACAGGGACUUCCAGCGGGCCCUGAAGAAGCUGCUCAUUUGCAGGCCCAGGUCUCAGGUGGACAUCGGGGAGGACAUGGUUUCCAUAGCCACCUUUUCCAGGACUGCUCCCGACCUGGAAUAUAGCAUCACCGUGCCGGUGCCCAACGGCGUCCUGAAGGGCAAGCCCAAGCAGUAGGGGUUCAGAGGCGGUCGCUGGAGGUGGGGUGUAGAAAGUGCAAGAGCACGCCCUCGUGGAAGAGUACAGGGUUGGAAAAUAGGGGAUGGAGGCUGAAAUAUUACAGCUGGGGGCAUAUGGCAGUGAUGCAUUUCUUUCUCUUCCACGGUUUUAUGAACAACGAGGAAUUUGUUAUAGCUAAUGGAGCUCAUUCUUUCCUGGGUAAUUAUUUUUUUUUAAUGAGUAUUUCCCAAUACGAAUCUAAUCUUCAUGCUAGGGAAAAGAAAUCAGUAGAAUAAUGUGA